UUGAUCAUCUCAAGUUGUUCCGAGAAGAAACGCCAUUUCAAGGUGUAGACAUGGCAGACUUUCUCCUUGAGAAAUAUCUUUGCUGCCAUGUGUGUUCUGAGAUUUAUACAGACCCUGUGUCUCUUAGUUGCCUCCACAACUUUUGUUUCGGCUGUAUUUCCAAGUUCUGGGAUGAAACAAAAAAUAGUAACUGUCCGAUCUGUAAGAGAAAAUCUUCCAAAGGGUGGAUGCCUAACUUUGCCCUGAAGGACCUGGCAGACUCAUACACAAAGAAGGAGAAAAGGGUAUACGUCAUUGACUCAAUGACCGAUGAAGUGAUCGGGUCAACAGGCUGUGGCAAGGAAGAGAAGAGGGGUUCCACCAGCUCAGAGAAGGAAGAAAUGAGGGCGUCCAAAGAUUUACGGAUGGAAGAAAAAAGGGAGCCCAUAGAAUCAGGUGUGGGAAAAAAGAGGGGUUCCAAAGGCUCGAGGAGGGAAGAAAUAAGGGGGUCCACAGAUUCAAGAACUGAAGAAAAGCACGUUUUUCCUGGCCUGGCUGGACAAGUGUUGUGCAGUAAACAUGCAGAGAAGCAUAAGUGGUUUUGUAUGGACGAGGGGAAAGCUGUGUGUAACGUCUGUGAAAAUCCAACUCAACACUCUGGACACAAGGUCAUUGAUAUAGAAAAGGCUGUAGUUGACCUCAAGGAAAAGCUGAAGCUGUACAUGAAGCCUAUGCAGGACAAUCUGAAGAAAUGUACUGAGACUGAGAGAAAAUACAAGCAUAUUGUGCAACACACAAAGACACAGUUGGUGGACACUGAGAGGCAGAUAAAGGAGGCUUUUGAGAAGCUUCACCAGUUUCUGAGAGAUGAAGAGAAGGCCAGACUAGGUGAGCUGAGGAAGGAAGAACAGCAGAAGAGAGAUACUAUGACCACAGAAAUGAAGAUCAUUCACGACCAAAUCUCAUCUCUUACAACGGGUAUCACUACUUUGGAACAAGACUUAAAGAAGCAGGAUUUGCGCUUUCUGAAGAGCUACAAAAACAUCCAAAUGAGUUGUAGGGCCCAGCUGCAGUGCACACCACAAGAUCCUAAAAUAUUAUCGGGAGUGCUCAUAGAUGUGGCCAAACACCUGGGUAACCUCAAGUUCAGAGUCUGGGAGAAGAUGCUGGUGAUUGCUAACCACACUCCUGUGAUUAUGGACCCCAACACAGCUCCCAGCUUUCUCACUUUGUCUGAUGAUCUGACCAGUGUGCGAAACUCAGGCAUGCAGCAGAUGCUGCCAGAUAAUCCAGAGCGAUGCACGUUUAACGCAAAAAUUUUGGGUUCUGAAGGGUUCACCUCAGGAAAGCACAGCUGGGAGGUGGAGGUGAGGAACCACCCCAGCUGGAAUUUGGGUGUGGCAAAAGAUUCAAUCAACAGAAAAGAUAGGACAUUCGCAAAUCCUAAAUAUGGAAUCUGGGCAAUAGGUUUAGAAAACAGUGAGUAUACAGAUCCAGAGGCUAGGCUUCUUGCUCUGAAGAGGAGACCCCAAAGGGUUAUGGUGCAACUAGACUACAGCGGAGGGGAAUUGUCCUUCUAUGACCCCCGUGACAUGUCAAAAAUCUACACUCACAAAGACACAUUUAAUGAGAGACUCUUCCCAUACUUCUCUAUUGGAAAAUGUAAAGAUGCCAGUGAACCUGGAUUCAUUCAGAUCUGCCCCUCAAAGGUGUCUCUAAAAGUGAUGUCAUCGUAAAUUUAACGAGGAAUUUUUCAUAGAUAAAAGCAUCAUAGAAAGCCUUUAUAGUGGGAUAUGGUACGUCAUUCCUCGUAAAGACUGAAUAGAAAUGUUCAUGAUAGGUAGUAUUUCAUAUUUAGUAGAAAUUCAACAAAUACAUCAUUUAGAGUCAUUGAGGAAUAUAUCAUGAACAUGUGGAUAUUCAAAUAUACAGAGUUGGUGUCAUAUUAGUAUGCUAAUUCAAAUUGAAUGACAAUCUAAUCUACUUUAACGACAAUCAAAGGGCAUGUUAUAAAACCCUUAAAUCAAUUAUUAAAAUGUAAUAAUUAAAUUACUGUGGGUAAUGAUUGACUCUUGUACCCAGCUCAGCUUUUAGCUGUAAAGCUUUUGACACGUAGCGGUAAAGUUAUUGUAACCUUUUCUUGAUCCAAUUCUUCCUUGUGUUCUCAGAAAGGAGGAUGUAUACGUAAGGAAAUCGUAACACAUUUAUGAAAGCAAGCAUAAUAAAGCUUUGGGUUGAAAUAAUCUGAGUUAUUGUAGUACCGGAUUCUAACACCAGAGGGGGCCUGUCCAUCAUUGGAAAAAAAAUGUGUCCUAUUCUCUGGCCUACUAUGAAUUAGAUUUGCUCACCUCCUGCGUCCUCUCUCGCCUCCUUUUGAAAAAGGUCCAAAUGAAUCGGAGAGUCUGCGAGGAGAGUGAACGUGGAUGGAAAUCUGAUUGCUUGAAAUGAGACAGUCCUUCUCAACUCGCAAGUCAUUAGGCAAAUUACGUUUAAAGGGGUGGAUCCCAAAAUAAAUGUGUAAAGUGAUAAAAACUAAAGUUCAUUUUUUAGAUAAAACAACGUGUGCAUAUUUUUCUCCUCUGACAAAACAAAAGCUGAUUCAAAGUGGGUGUGUCCGAUUUAAAAACUUCUACAUACAAGUGUAUAGUGUUGGAUUCGACAUUUUGAACAUUGACCCAUUAAAGACAUGAUAGAUCAGACGCAUAGUAUAUUAAGGGGUGAAAGAGACUAGGUCUCUGUAGAAAGACAGAUAGCUGUGGAAUGUGUUGGGUGACAAGAAGAGAGCGAUGUCCUGAUACAGGGGAGACAGAUGGACCUCUGUGGAUUAGAUGAAGGAGGGGUUAAGGUCAAGAGGUGGGGACAGAUUCUCUUAAGGAAGUAAUAAAUGUUUGUUAUCCUGUUACCCUCUUUAUUAUCUUCCUGUAGAGCCAUAAAAUGUAAGGAUUGGAGAGAAGGAGGAGUGUCUUAAGUGGGAUAUAAAUAUCUGGAUGGGACAAAUGUUGGGUUUUCUGAUUACAGCUGUCCAGAACUUUUAGGAAUAAUUAAACUUGGUU